GGACGAUCAAACGGCUUUUAAUUACAGCGUUUAUAAUCUGCGGACGACCACCGGAGUCCCUUUGAAAACAUUAUAGAAGAAUGUUCGUCACCGUCAGACGGAUUACAAUGGUUGGACUGUAGCGCACCAGGAGCUGCAGCAGCAGGGAUGAGGAUCCGGCUGCAGGGUCCCGGCCAUGCUGCCAGCCUUCUCACUGAGCUCAACCGCUGCCGACAAUCGCGUCGAUACUGCGACGUGAUCCUACAAGUCGGCAACCGCACGUUCGCAGCGCACCGUGCAGUGCUGGCCUGCGCCGGGACGUACUUCCGCAACCUGUUCGCUCGGGCUCCGGCCCCGUCCACCGCCGCCUUCUCUCUGGAGUUCAUCUCCCCGGCCAACUUUGAGAAGGUGUUGACGUUCGUCUACACGGGGGAGAUCUUCACCGAUCUCAUAGAUGUCGGGGUACUCUAUGAGCUGGCUGAGAGGCUGGGCGUUAGUGAGCUGGUGAGGGCCUGUCACGCUACCUUCCCUGACCUGCAGGCUUCUGUGUCCGCAAACUGUAAAGCCGGCAGCUCUGGAGACCUCACCCUGGACUCCAGCAUGGUCGCCGCUGCUGCUUCCUCAGUGGCUGCUGUCAGUGCAGCUUCUGCAUCGUCUGCGUGCUCCUCCGCCGCCUCCUGCUCGUCUCUGUCUUCGUCUGCUGCCCCGACCCCUGCUGCCGCUCCCUCGCCUCUCUUUCAAGCCAGGACAGCCAGGACCGGCGGCGAAGCUCACGCCGGGGCUCUGUCUCUGGACCUGAAGGCAGAGGACAUCCAGUCUCACAUCGGCUACGGGCAGAUGGCGACAGAUCAUCAACCAGCAGGAGGACACAGUCUUUUAACCAGCAGCCAUUCCAGUCAGUGUGAUAGCGUGUUGCCUCCGGGGCCAGUGCUCCAGCUGAAGACCGAGCAGGGGCUGGAUGAAGAGGAGGCAGAAGGCAGCUGUGAGGAUGGUGGCAGAGACAGACGAAGCUCCCUGCCUCAGAGCAGCGACGCUGCACCGUCUGACUCCUGCUCCUUCCCGGACUCCUCGGCUCAGCUCGGAGCCGAGGCCUGCGACCCGACGUCGUCCUCGGGAGAGCCUCUAGGUAGCCUGCAGGUGGGGUCGGUGGAGGGCAACAUGGUGGACGUCCAGAGGGACGGCAGGCUGAUGUUUGGAGAGGUGGAGGAGGGAGAGAACGAGGAAGAGAGGGAGGCUCUGCAAGGGAAUGGAGCAAUAGAGGGAACAGAGGAGGAGCAGUGGAGGCAGCUGGCAGGAGAGAUCAUCGAGCUGAGCGACGAUGAGAACUUCAUGGAGGAGGGAGAUGAAGAUGACGAUGAAGACGACCUUGUGUGUGUGGAGAAUGGAGAAGGGGGGAACUCAAGCAGCCAGGUGACAGGUAACAUGCUGUCAUGUAAAGCCUGUGCAGCGCCUCUCCCAGCAGACCCGGCCGCCAUCAGAAGACACGCCGAGACCCACCUGACGGAGCUCGGGCUCUGCAGAGUGUGCGGGGCCUCGUUCCCGGACCGCGCCGCCGGCGUCACCCACUCCCUCUCCCACGUCGGGGUGCAGCUCUUCACCUGCGAAAUGUGCCACUCGCAGUUCUGCAGCCAGAACAAACUGCUGCGCCACCACCGCCAGACAGCCUCCAGUUACACGAUACCACCGGGGGCGCUGACCAACAGCGGCCAGGGCCUGAGCGCCGAGCUGCAGUGUGCAGUGUGCACCAAAACCCUCAGCAAGGACUUCCAGACUGUCAAAGACCACCUGCUGAGCCAUGUGUGUCCCCAGAGCCUGAGCUGCGGUGUGUGUCACCUCCCCCAGCUCUCCCUGUGCUCCCUGCUGUGGCACGCCCUCGCCCACCUCGCCCUGCCCGUCUUCAGCUGCCCACACUGCGGCCGCUGCUUCGUGGAGCGCUCCCUGCUGGACAGACACAUGACUGCGCACGCUGAGGAGGCGGCCGCUAAGGAGAGGGAGCUGAGGGCUCUCAGAGUCGGAGCAGAUGGAGUCGGGGGAGGUGGUGUGGCAGGGGCGGAGGAUUUGCAUUGCUUCCUGUGCCCGCAGGACCACCUCAGCCUGCACACCAGCGAGUCCCUGGGGACCGGUGGAGGCGUUGGGAGUCAGGGCUGGCUGGGCAAACGUAAAGCUGACCAGUCUCUGGAGUGCCCUCCGUCUUCCUGCUCCUCCUCAUCUUCGCGGGAGGUCGGCGGCCUCGUGAGAAUGAGCAACAUGGGAUUGGGGCUGGGGAUGAGCUUCAGCAUACCAGAUAGGUUUUUUCAAGGGUCCGUGCACAGCCUGUCCUCUGGGGUCCUGACCAACGGGAGUUCAGGCCAGGACGGGGGCGCCGGAGCGGCGGGCGUCCGCGGGAAAUGGUACCGCUGUCGCUACUGCGGCAAACGUUUCGCCCACUCGGGGGAGUUCACCUAUCACCUUCGCAUCCACACCGGGGAGAAGCCCUACCAGUGCAAAGUCUGCCUGCGCUUCUUCAGAGGCCGCUCCACCAUGAUCUGCCACCUGAAGACGCACGCCGGCGCCCUCAUGUACCGCUGCACCGUCUGCGGCCUUUACUUCUCCACGCUGAAGCUGGUGUCGUCACACAUGGAGCUCCACAAGGACCACCUGCCCCCGGACUUCAACAUCGAGCAGACCUUCAUGUACAACGAUCACUCUAAAGAGCCGCUGCCCGCCGUGGACACCUGAUCGUCUGUCGGCCGGCGUCUCUCUCCCCGCCCCGUUCCCUCUCUGACACUUCCUCUGUGUCUGGUUGUCGUGGACCACAUACUGCAUAUAAUAGACUAGGGCUGCAACUAAUGAUUAUUUUCAUUAUUGAUUAUUUUUCUAUUGUUUUGACGAAUUGAUUAUUUGUUUACGUCAAAAAUUAAAAAAAAUGCCUAAGUUGCCUGAGUCUAAGGUGACCUCUUCAGAUUUUGUUCCACCAACAGUCCAAAACCUCAGUUAAAAAUGAUAUUAAACAGAGAAAAGCAGCAAAUCCUCACAUUUGAGAAGCUGGAACAAGAGACUGUCGGCGUUGUUUGUUUGAUCUGUGACUUAAACGACUAAAUCGAUGAUCAGAAUUAUUGAAGAUUUCUUUUCUGUCAAUCAACUACUCAACUAAUCGUGCCAGCUCUAUAAUAGACUUAGACUUUUAGAAUGUAGUGGACAUGUUACCUGUGAGAUGCUGUUCGCUGAGUCGACCUGUGGAGGUUUGUCUCUGUGAGCUAAGAUGAAAAGAAGCCACUUGGUGGCAGUGUGUAUCCUGUUGUGUGUCAGUGACAGAAGGGACGUCCUCUGCUGGCGCUCUCCACUCUAAACAAGUCUGUAUCUCCAUAACUUCAAUAUCAGGAUGGGCUUUUAUGUCAGUGAUUGAUAAUUACACUGUUAUUAAAGUAGCACCUCAUUGUAGCAUAGAAAUUAUUUUCCUAUAUUUGCAGUCAAUGUUUUGGCACACGUGGUUUUUUAUGUGUCUUUUAAAGUUUCAUUUUUCAGUCCACAAACAUACGAGUGCAUUUUAUUGGCACAUAAAGACGUGUUUCUGAUGUUGAGGCGUCUUCAUGAAGGAUUUGCUGUUAAGUCACGUGUAAAAAAAAAAACAAACAUGAUAUUUAAGUGCCCAUCACAUUUCAGUGUAAUAUUUGUGUCUUACCUCAUAUUUAUGAUGAUAGUGCAACUAUUUAUUAUUUUUAUGCCUUUAUACAUUUCAUUAUCUGUUUCUAAAAGCUAUCUAUGAAUGUUGGCCUUUUUUUAAUAUUGUUUUUGAAAAGAAUAAAUAAUAAAUGCCUCUAGGAAGACUGUUAUUACCCCUGAAUGACUUUUCUAAUCUGUUUCCAAUGACCUUUAAAAGCGUCCCGCACCACAAAACCCAUCCCUCAUCAGAAUUUCAGUGAUGAACUUGCAGAAUUGUGUCGUAUUGUGAACCUCCUGCUUCCAGGGGCUUGUGACCUUUGCCCUUUUAAAGCCCCGUCUCUUCCUGUUAUUGUGCCAUCUGUGGACUUACGCCCCCUUUUCCUUUUUCUGCCCUCUUAUCGUCGAAACUGUUGAA